CGCGGAAACACUUUUCCUUUCAUACAUAUGCUGCCACGUCAUUAGUGGCAAACAUCAGAAUCUUAGCGUUAGUAAGAACUAUUAGAAUCGGAAACAAAUCAACUACGUUAGCAGUUUUUGUUUUGCAGUAUUACGGUUCGACUGCAUUUUUUGGCUCGGAGGUUAGCUAAGAUGUCAAAGUUGUGGAUUUUGUGCGCACUGGCCGCUGUUUGCACGGCUGAAAUAUCGGUGGAGGAGGAUGUGCUCGUACUAAAGAAAAGUAACUUCGAGGAGGCGCUCAAAACUCAUCCAAAUAUCCUCGUUGAGUUUUAUGCACCUUGGUGUGGGCACUGCAAGGCUCUGGCCCCAGAAUAUGCAAAAGCUGCGGGUAUGCUGAAAUCUGAAGGGUCCGACGUCAGACUAGGUAAAGUAGAUGCCACAGAGGAAUCUGAACUUGCUCAAGAGUUUGGUGUUCGAGGAUAUCCUACCAUCAAGUUCUUCAAGGGAGGAGAGAAGACGAACCCCAAAGAGUAUUCGGCUGGUCGACAAGCUGAUGACAUCGUGAACUGGCUGAAAAAGCGAACCGGUCCCGCAGCUGCUACUUUAAGUGAUAUCACACAAGCAGAGUCUCUCAUUGCUGAUAACGAGGUUGUGGUCAUUGGCUUUUUUAAGGAUGUCGAGUCAGAAAGUGCCAAGGCCUUCAUUAAAGCCGCGGAGGCUGUGGACGAUAUCCCCUUCGGCAUCACCUCUGACGAUUCCGUUUUUACAAAGUUUGAAAUGGCCAAGGAUGGUGUUGUACUUUUUAAGAAGUUUGACGAGGGUCGCAACACAUUUGAUGGAGAGCUCAGCACAGAAAACCUCUUGGCCUUCAUCAAGGAAAAUCAGCUUCCUCUGGUCAUUGAGUUUACAGAGCAGACCGCUCCGAAAAUCUUUGGAGGGGAAAUAAAGUCCCAUAUCCUGAUGUUUGUGCCCAAAACAGCCAAAGACUUCCAGGAGAAGAUGGACCAAUUUAAGAAGGCAUCUGAAGGUUUCAAAGGCAAAAUUCUCUUCAUCUUUAUUGAUAGUGAUGUGGAUGACAACCAGAGAAUCUUAGAGUUUUUUGGCCUGAAGAAGGAAGAGUGCCCAGCAAUCCGACUAAUUACCCUCGAAGAAGAAAUGACCAAAUACAAACCAAAAACCUCCGACAUCACCGCAGAGAACAUUAUUGCUUUUUGCAAAGACUUUACAGAGGGCAAACUAAAGGCACAUCUGAUGAGCCAGGACAUUCCUGAAGACUGGGAUAAAAACCCCGUCAAAGUCUUGGUGGGCAAGAAUUUUGAAGAGAUCGCUUUCAACCCUGCCAAGAAUGUUUUUGUGGAGUUUUAUGCCCCAUGGUGUGGUCACUGUAAGCAGCUGACCCCCAUUUGGGAUCAGUUGGGUGAAAAAUUCAAGGACAACCCCGAUAUCAUUGUGGCUAAGAUGGACUCCACAGCCAAUGAGAUUGAAGCGGUCAAAGUGCAUAGCUUCCCUACCCUGAAGUUCUUCCCUGCCGGUGAGGAUCAUAAAGUAAUCGACUACAAUGGUGAGAGAACACUAGAUGGGUUUACAAAAUUUUUGGAGAGCGGAGGAAAGGAAGGUGGGGCACCAGCAGGAGAAGAUGAGGAUGAUGAAUCCGAUGAUCUUGAGGAUGCAGAAGACGUUGAUUCAGAUGUGGAGGAACAUGAUGAGUUAUAAGUGUCACAAUGAAGAGGCGUGACAAACCAUUUGAAACCAUUGUCCUUACCGACUCCAUCAGUCAUAUGCAGUCCAGAGACGUCUCUCUGCCCACUAAAAGAACUUUAAAGGGUCUCCACCCCAUUAUCUUUACGGUAUAUCUCCCUGAUAUUGGCAUCAUUUUCUAAAAUGAAUCUUUCACAUUCUACAAAGGCUUAAACUUUUACAUGCUGGACUACCAUGAUACAGGGGGUCAGUGUUUAUGCCAUGUAUUACUGUUAAAACACUGGAGAAACCUUUCAGAGCAGAGAAAUAACAAAAAAUUUACAAAGUUAGAAACCACCUUUUCUUUACAGUUUUGCUAAACCACAUUAUUUUUUGCUCAAAAUCGCCUGCUACUAAAUUAUUAAAAAAAUGUGAAAGUGAAAAGCUUGUUUUACCUAAUUUUAUGUUUUUAGUUUUUGUUUUUAUUUAGGUAUGUUUUUGCAGUCUGCCAUAAGUGUUGCAUUUUGGCCCUCCAUAGGUGGCCCUCUUAGUUUUCUCAUUACCUGGUAGGAUGAUUUGAAUGAUGGCAUUAAAACUUUUUUGCAGUAAAAGAUUCCAUAUCAGUUAAUGAUAUCUCAUAUCCUUCUUCUGUAUAUGACUAUUUGAAAGAUCUUUUCCAACUGGUGGUGUCACCAUUUGAUGUCUUGGAGUUCUGUAAAAUAUGGUGUAUAUGUGUUUGGAAUGAGCCUUGUUUUUUUCCCCCUUUAAUGAUUUUUUUUCAGGUAGGGGUGAAUUUCAGGGAUAAUGUUAAAAGAUGGAGAAGUUUUGUGAAUUUGGACUUUGUUAGGGUUAUAAAAUAACAAGGGUGACCGAAAGAGGUGUUUGAGACUCAAAGCGUUCCAUUCCAUUUAAAUUUAAAAACAAAAUGGUGGCCAAAUAAACAAGAGAUGAAAAAACUACAAAACAGUAUGAGAAUUAUUUGUGAUGAUAUCAUAAAACCAUGUCAGUAACAAUAAAUGAAAAAUAUUUAUCAAAUUAUAUUUGAUAAAUAUUUGUUGUAAUUCUUACAGACCUCUGGAAUAAACAAAUAGCUUUAUUGAUAUUUUUUUUAAGUUUAAGCUGUGUUUUGUUUAUUUGUCCAUUUAAAAAUAAAAAAUACAAAAAUAAAUAA